GCCUUUUCGCUCUCAACCUCUCGACGCGAUGAACGGGUAUCCGCCCCCGAUGGCGCCGCCUGUCUCCCCCUGGAAGGCUGUGCGAACCGACGAUGGAAAAGAGUACUACUUUAAUGCGGCUACCAACCUCACAACAUGGGACAAGCCCGACGAAUUGAAGGACGAAGUUGAACGUGCAAUCACUGGUACGGGAUGGGCUAUACACAAAGCCGACGACAAGAGAUACUUCUACCACACGCAGUCGAAAGAGACGACCUGGUCCGUUCCCGACAUUGUCCAGAAGAACAUCGACCGAAACAGGCAGAACCAGCCGCCUCAGCGCCCACCUCCUCCAGGCCCUUCCGGCUGGGCUGCUGGGCCUUCUGCACACCCUCCUUCGUACGACAACAGGCGCCCCGAACGCGACGAGUACCGGCCAGACCGCCAUGAACGUGAGCGAGACCGCGACCGCGAAUCAGGAUUCGGCGGCGACAGGCCGAACAUCAGCUUCACAACCGGUACCGAGCUCCAGUUCUCCACCCCCCAGGAGGCCGAAGCUGCAUUCAUGAAGGUGCUUAGGCAAAUGAAGGUACAGCCCGAUUGGAGCUGGCAGCAAGCUGUGCGCGCUGGUAUCCACGACCCGAAUUGGCGCGCCAUUGCUGAGCCGGAGAAGCGUGAAGAAGCUUUUAAAAAAUACUGCGAAGACCUGCGAGCCCAAGAGAAGCACAAGGAGCAGGAUCGCCAGGCUAAGCUGCGUGCCGACUUUACUGCCAUGCUCCGCUCGCAUCCUGAAAUCAAGUAUUAUACGCGUUGGAGGACGGCUCUGCCAAUCAUUGAAGAAGAGACCAUCUUCCGCUCCGCCAAGGAUGAGAGUGAGCGAAGAUCGCUCUUCGAAGAAUACAUUCUCUCGCUAAAAAAGGCACACGAGGAGAAGGAAGCGGAGAGUAGACGGUCAGCACUCGAUGAGGUCCUGGGUUUGCUACAAGGCCUUGAUCUGGAACCAUUCACGCGCUGGCAGACCGCCGAAGAGAAGCUGGAGCACAACGAUGAGUUCAACAACGAGAGAUUUCAGUCCUUGACUCGAAUGGAUGUCCUGAACCAGUUCGAAAAGCACAUCAGGCAGCUUCAGCGCGAGCACAACGAUCGGGUGCAAGCUGACAGGCGUGUCAAGCAUCGUUUGGAGCGUAAGAAUCGAGAUGCAUUUAUAGUACUUUUACAUGAACUGAGGGACAACCGUAAACUCAGGUCCGGUACAAAGUGGAAGGACAUUCACGACGACAUUCAGGACGAUCCUCGGUACAUUGCCAUGCUUGGGCAGAGUGGAUCCUCGCCAGUCGACCUAUUCUGGGAUGCUUUGGAAGAGGAAGAGGGCAAAUUCCGUACCCUGCGCCGCUAUGCCCUGGAUGUACUGGAGCAACAACGCUUCGAGGUCACAACAUCGACCCCCGUGGAAGAAUUCCUAAGUGUCAUGCGAACAGAUCCUCGCACAGCUAACAUUGACGAGCAGUCGAUGCACAGCAUCUACAAUUACGUGAUUACCAAAGUGAAGAAACGAGAAGAGGACGAGCGCCGAGACGAAGAGCAUAACGAACGCUAUGCCAUGGACAGCCUACGUUCUGUCAUCAAGCGACUUGAUCCGCCAGUGUCGCUUUCAGACACUUGGGAAGUGGUACGUCCCCGUGUUGAAAAGGCAGACGAGUACCGCGCACUGAAAUCAGAUACCCUUCGCGAAUCCGUCUUUGACAAGUACAUACGCCGUCUAAAGGAGAAGGAGAGCGAUCGACGGGACCGCAGCAGACGUGAUGAUCGCGACCGUGACAGGGACAGGCGCGAUCGAGAUCGUGAGUACCGCAACGGACAUUCUGACUCUCACCGUCGUCAUCGUACACGUACUCGCUCACCUGAACAUGAUCCGUACGCUGCAGAGCGUCGGCGAGCUCAACAGGAUAGGGAGGCGCGUUACAGGAACAACGAUAGCACAGGAUUGUCUCCACCUCCACGCCGCGAACGGCGCGAGGACGAUCGGUAUGAUCGCUCUCGCCGGAGCCCUGCUGGUGAUCAUUACGGACGGGAGCGUCGCGAGCGCGAGGCUGAGCGUGAGCGAUCUUAUGUUAGCAGAGCCGACCCACGUGAGGCUAGUGUCAGCUUGUUAGAUUACGGGGAUAGUGGCGGUCGCACUUCAUCAACCAGGCGCCGCCGGGAGAGCGACGAGAGCACGAGUAAGCGCGAUCGCGACGCCAAGCGUGCUCGCCACUCUCCUCGCGCCGACCGCAAGUCGAAGACCCCCGUUCCUGAGCCACCUAAGAAGGAAGAAGAAGAAAACCGCGCCAUUCGGUCCGGAAGCGAAGAGGGUGAGAUUGAAGAAGACUAGAAGUUUUCUGCAUUCCUGCCCUUUCGCGAUGGGAAACGAGGACGCUCAGUCCGGCGAAGGAUUGUGGCACCUUGAUCAAAAGUAAGUGCGAUGUGUCUCUUUCUUUCCAUAGCUAUAUAGUUGCUCGGCUUCACAGGUGCCAGCAUAUCAGCUAAGGCUUUUGUAUCUUAAUAUUUGAGCAGAUGGUCUCCGUCUCUAUUACCAAUAGAAUAUCUAUGAUACUAGCAUCGCUCACAUUUUCAUUUCUGCCAGCGUCUUCUCACUAUUCUGUCUUACUCACGCUGUUAAAAAUAAUGGUAUAUAUUCUUAAUAUACUGUUUCUACUUGACUUAGCGUAAUUACAACAUCAAAUCAUCCCUACCCCUACCCACUGUAAUAUUAAUACAUACGCG